CCGACACACUCUGGCACACUCUGGCACACUGAAAUCUGCACAUGUAGCCUGCGUUCUCUCAUUUAGACCAGCAACCAUUCAUGUUGUUGGACUACUGCUGUCGUUGCUGUGGAGUCGCACUCAUAAAACGCCAUGGACCCCUCUCGCUCAAGUCUACGCCCAGUGAGACCUUGGUUGUUCUGCAGAAUCUGCUGAUGUGCAUGGUGAGCUUCUACUCUCUCUACUACAUGGUGGUCAGUCUCUGCAUUGGGCUGCUCAGGGUUCAUGAUAUCAACAGCUUGUUGACUCCGUUCGACUACACAACACAACCAUCAUGGCAGAACCCCAAAUACCUGGUCGGAGUAAUCUCCACAGAAGUCACCUACAUUUUGGGAGGGCUGGUGUUCGCCUGGAUCGUGGAGGAGUGGGUCUGGGAUUACGCCAUAACUGUGACACUGCUGCACGUCGCAAUGACUGUAGCAGUGAUGUCAGAUUUCCCUUCAGCUGAGCACUGGUGGAUAGCUCUGGGUUUGGGCCUGGUGAUGAUGAUAUUUGGAGGACAGCUCCUGGCCUACAAACUCUUCCGGAGCAACUUUGUGUAUCCAGCUGAACUACAGAACUUCUAAAGUACACAAGGAAAGCUUUUAACAGGCUUAUUGACUGAUCUCCGGUCCGGAUGAGAGCCAUGGGUUCACUUUACAUUUUACGUCUACGUUCAUGUUAAUAUUGGAUAUUUAUGAUAUAUAUUGUUCGUCUUUAACUUAGUUCACUAGCUAAAAGUCAAAUCCCACCUUGUACAAACAGUUUUUUAAAAAAGAUAUUCUGUACAGUUUAAAUAUUAUUUUGUAUUGUUUCUUUACACAAUUCACACUGUAAGCUGAAAACCGUAAAAUACUAACUAUUAUUUUACUGAUGGAUAUUUCUGCCAUGGUGAGUUUAGUCAGUUAUCUAUUUAUUUAUUUUUUUACCAUAAUGUAAAAAUUAAAAUAAGUCACAUUACAACAUCUGCAUAUAGUUUAAUUGGCUAAUAAAUAAAAAUAAAAACUACUCAGAAUGCAAGCAAAGUUCUGAUGUGCUCAGACAGUUGGGUUAUCAGAAAAAAAUCCACAUUUGUUCCCCAUUUCAUUCUUAAAAUAUGAGUGGAUGCUAUCUAAUGCUCAUGUCGACGCUUCAUGUAAUCCUUGUUUUGUUGCCUCUGUGUAUUAGUUCAAAUCUGUUGGGAGAUUUCAUUAAAUAUUUGAUGAUAUUUGAAG